UGCUGCCUUGUGCGCUCGCCCUUUUUCUCUUUGACCGCAUCUGUUUCAGGCCUUCUUUGUCGCCGACCCAGACCCAACACACACCGCCGCCAUGUCCAAGCGUACCGGAGGAGCCAACAAGGGCAACAAGUUCCGCAUGUCCCUCGCCCUGCCCACGCAGGCCGUGAUGAACUGCGCUGACAACACUGGUGCCAAGAACCUCUACGUCGUUGCCGUCUACGGCAUCAAGGGCCGCCUGAACCGUCUGCCUGCUGCCUGCUGCGGUGACAUGGUCGUCGCCACCGUCAAGAAGGGCAAGCCCGAGCUGCGGAAGAAGGUCAUGCCUGCCGUCGUCAUCCGUCAGAGGAAGGCAUUCCGUCGCAAAGAUGGCACAACCGUGUACUUUGAAGACAAUGCCGGUGUGAUUGUCAAUGUCAAGGGCGAGAUGAAGGGGUCGGCCAUCACUGGUCCUGUCGUCAAGGAGUGUGCCGAGCUGUGGCCCCGUAUUGCGAGCGCAGCCCCCUCUGUCGCAUAAGCACCCUGCACCCUCUCUCCCCCCAUUGUCAUUGUGUGCCGCUGUGUUGACGUUGCAUCUCAUUCCUGGUUCUCUGCUUGGCUGGUGACCCGGCACUCGGCGAUGCACGCCUUCCCGUGCACUUGAGCCUACGUUGUCGUCACCAUCAUAUCAUGCCUCGAACGGUGGUCGACGCACAAGUAAAAACCAUGCCACAACAAGGGCAGGUCACCACGUGAAGCAAA